AUGCAAGAACAGUUGGAAGAGAUGAACCAAAAAUUUCUCGAAAGAGGUUAUUAUAGACAGGAGUUGUUAAAAGCACAAGAUGCACAAAAGGCCAAUACCGCCGUACGGACCAAAAAGCCACCAGCCUUGGUGUUUCCAAUGGCUUACAAUGACGCUUCACCCAAAAUAGUUAAAAUCAUCAAACAAAAUUGGAAGAUGCUUGCAACAGACGACACUUUGCCCGAAUUAUUUAAAGAAAAUCC